AUGCUCCGCCAGCUCCCUCCGCCACCGUCGCCUGCAUUGGAGUCCCUCACUCCCGAACAACCACCCUCCAAUGAUCUUGCUUCGAACGGCGAGCUGCCGCUCACAGCAAUGUCGUCCUCGUUGGCUACAGAAGCGUCUCCAGUGGUUGAGAUUCAACUGGCUCAAGACACCAACGAGAUCGAGGUCGCGUCUAUUCAAGAGCCUGCAUCUGUGGACGAGAGCGAGGAGGGGGAAAGUGAUGAACCUGACGACAGUAACGAUGAGGACUGGAGCGAUGUGAACGGGUCAACUGUUGAGGACGAAGUUUUGACCGGCGAGAGUGAGACGGAGGAAGAGGAGGUGGACAUUAGUAUCAUUUUGGAAAAUGUGGACGUUCACCAGAUUGUGGUGGAUCUCAUACGUGACGACCAGUGCGAGCGACGUUGCCUCGAAGGCAAGGCCGGAGGAACCCAGACGAAUUACGUCUACGACGAGUUCACCAGCGGUAAAGGAAGUGACCAGAUCAACUCAAUGCUUCAGCACUUCAUCCGGACAGUGCUGGUACCGGCAGGAAAAAAGCACCUCAUGGUGUAUGCAGAUAAUUGUUCUGGGCAAAAUAAGAACAACCACGUCAUCAAGUUUUUCCUGGCCCAAGUGCAAAGAGGAACGUUCGAGCGCGUAGACUACAAAUUUUUCGUGAAAGGACACACGAAAAACUCAUGUGACCGAGGGUUUGGGCACAUCCGCAAGCACAUUAGCCGCUCAGAUUGCUGGACAAUGGACCACGUAAUUUCCGCCGUCAAAGAUGCCGCAGCAUCUAACAGAACCGUCCACAUUUCACGCGGCAACGACUUCUUCAAGAGCUACAAACCUCUACUACAAGAGCUAUACAAAACACUGGCGGGGGUACAACAGUACCAGAUCUUUUCCAUGAUCAUGGAGAAGCCGGGUGUAGUGUUGUGCAAGAAGGGUCCGGACGAUGCACCGGUGGAGAAGGACCUCCGCCGAAUUGUUGACGGAGUCUUGACCGAAAACGAAAAGGUGGUGCGCAUGAUGGACCACUUCCUCGAAGAUCUGCCUGUGCGUCCGAAAAACACUGAGAAAAUUGCCGAAUUUUACAAGAACAUCCGCCCGUAUGUGCCGGACGAGUACCAGUCAGACCCACUUUAUGCAGCUCCCAGCAAGGAGCAAGGCGAAGAGGCCAAAUCUGCGAAGCAAGCUCGUCGAGAACACCGUGCUGCCAUGGCGGUUGCUGCAAAAGCCAACCAGGACCGUCGUAACAGAGAUGCUGAAGAAGCAGUGUGUCCGAUGCCGAAACGCUCGCGUAAGUGA